AUGUGUUUCGGACUAGCAAAGGCAACCUGGCGUGGUUGCGGCCAGCACAUCCCCUCGGCUCUGAGCGGCGUCCCCGAGGACCAGUGGUGCACAUGCACGCCCAAGGUCACGGUCAACGGCAAGGAGUACCCGCCGGCAGGCUCAGUAUCGAUUCCUGGUAUGUCUUGGCUGAGCAGCUUGUUUGGCGGAGGCAGUUCAAAUGACAAGGCAAAGCAGGAAUCUAAGAGGCGGGGAGAGCUAUGA